AUGGCAACGUAUACCGUCCAGCAGGGCGACUACAUGUGGAAGAUCGCCAACGACCACGGCGUCUCCCUCGACGCCCUCAUCGCGGCCAACCCGCAGGUCGCAGAUCCCGCCGCCAUCGAGUGCGGCCAAGUCCUGAACCUGCCUGGCGCUGCGGGUGGAACUCCUGCACCUCCUGCUCCUCCGGCGCCCGCUGUGUCCGCUCAGUCCGCUGUGCCCGCCUCCGCCCCGCCCGCCGAGUCCUCCGCGCGCGGGGUCGUCAACGUUGCUUCCGCUGUGCCGUUCCUCCAGGGCGGAAGACCUGGCAUGAAGACAGUGGGAUACUUCACAAACUGGGGCAUCUAUGGCCGCAACUAUCAGCCUGCGGAUAUCCCAGCUAGCCACCUAACCCAUAUCCUCUAUUCAUUUGCCAAUGUUCGUCCAGAGACAGGCGAAGUUUACCUGUCAGACACCUAUUCAGACCUAGAAAAACACUACCCCGAGGAUUCCUGGAAUGACACCGGAAACAACGUCUACGGAUGCAUCAAGCAGCUUUUCCUCCUCAAGAAACAGCAUCGCCAUUUCCACACCUUACUCUCCAUAGGCGGCUGGACAUACUCUUCCAACUUCGCCGCUCCAGCAUCCACUCCUCAGGGCCGUGAGACCUUUGCUCGCUCUGCCGUUAAGUUGGUGGCCAACCUGGGUUUCGACGGUAUAGACAUUGACUGGGAAUACCCGAAGGAUGACAUGGAGGCAUAUAACUUCGUACUCCUCCUCGAAGCCGUGAGGUACGAACUAGACAAGUUCUCUGCCGAGGUUGUCCGGCGUCCAGACGGCGGCAGGUUGCUGUUGACCGUUGCUGCACCGUGUGGAGCGUCCAACUAUGCCGUGCUCCGUAUGGCGGACAUGGAUCGAUACCUUGACUUCUGGAACAUGAUGGCACCAAGCAAACCUUUACCUAUCUAG